UUAAAUCAGAGGAAACCAUGACGCUAUGCCAGGAUAGGAAACCCUAGCCCGAUCUGGACCGGCCCGUUAUUCUUCCGUAAGCGAAGCUGCCAAACCUCUUCUGACUGUCCGUCGCCUCUCCCAAGACCCUCCCAUCCGAGUCUGUAUUUAUUCCCCCUUCCCUUACUUCCCCCUUCCCUUCCCCAUCCCUUCUUCUCCUCGUUGCGCUCAGUGAUUCUCUUCCGUCUCUCUGUGCCUCGUGGCAGACUCUUGCCUACUAACCGUUGGCUGCCUAACGGGCCUAUUUCAUCUCAAUUUGGUUUUGCGCGUCUCGACGCCCAUCCUCUAUCCUCUCGACCAACGCGUCGCAUCAACCUCACUUCUUCCUUAUCCUUAGAUUUCUUCCGUUUCACCAGUUGGAACGACUCGAAUUUGCAUAAACCGUACUCUGUUUGCGACGUCCGUAAUCGAACGAAUGAAUUCGCUGUCUGACUGAGAAACUGAAUCAGGCGGCAACAUGUCUUUCGGCGGAUUCGGAGGGUUCGGCCAAAACAACCAGCAGAGCUCUGGCUUUGGCACUGGAACUGGAUUUGGAGGAACAAGUACUGGUGGAGGCUUCGGAACAGGCACUCAGUCUAAUUCCUUGUUCGGAAAUCAAAAUCGUACUGGCGGCUUUGGAACCACUACCACUUCAGCUGGCGGCAGCCUUUUCGGAGGAGGAACGACCACAGCUGGGGGAACCGGAUUUGGUGGUUUUGGUUCGACCGGUAAUACCGGCAGUGGCUUUGGCUCUACUGGCACUGGGGGAGGGCUCUUCGGUAAUAAGACAGGAUUUGGUACUGCUACGACCGGCACUGGUUUUGGCACAGGAAGCGGGUUCGGGGCUAGUACAACGCCCUCUGGAUUUGGUGGUGCAGGAGGAACGGCGUUUCAAGGCCAGCUCCCUCCAUGUGAAGGCACUGGCGGCACUCCGUUUAACCCUGUGCAAGAGAAGGAUACCUCUGCAAAUGUGAACAAUCACUAUCAAAGCAUUACCUUCCAGCAACCAUACCAGAAAUAUUCAUUCGAAGAAUUGCGCUUGGCAGAUUAUAACCAGGGUCGACGAUUUGGUAACGGAAGUGGCCAAGCUGGCGCCUUUGGUACCUCUGCCUUCGGUGGGUCUGGCUUUGGACAACCAGCUUCCACUGGAUUUGGUUCCACUGCUUCUCCAUUUGGAGCUGUUACCAGCGCUCCAUCAGCUUUUGGCCAAACCCAAACCACCGGUGGCUUUGGUUCAACUUCAACCAAUCCUCUAUUUGGUGCCUCUAAGCCAGCAACAUCCUUGUUUGGAGGAGGAACAACCGGAACUUCCCAACCUAGUCUCUUUGGCGGCACUACUGGUACAACUGGUGGCGGCUUUGGUACGACAGGUGCUACUGGAACCGGUGGAUUUGGAACCGGCAGCUCCCUAUUCGGUGGCAACCAGCAGCAACAAAACAAGCCAUUAUUCGGAGGUACCACGGGCACUGGCGGUUUCGGAUCGAGCGGCUUCGGGCAACAAACUACCACCACCACCACCACCGCCGCGAAUCCCUUUGGAACGACACCCGCAACUUCCUCUCCCUUUGGUGGUACCCAGCAGACAGGCACUGGAUUCGGUGGUUUUGGACAACAAAACCAGACCCAGACACAGAAUAAAGGCUUGUUUGGCGGGCUUGGCAGUACUGGCACACAGCAGCAGCAGACCACACCAAGCCUUUUUGGCGGAGGUACCAACACGGGCACUUCACUCUUUGGUCAGAACACCCAGCAGCAGCAGCAACAGCCGAGCACCUGCCUUAUGCCUCCCUUGGGAGGCAAUACCCAACAAACCGGAUCUACGUCCCUUUUCGGUGGUGGGCAGCAGCAACAGAAGAGCCUCUUUGGCGGUGCUGGUACGACAGGCACCGGUACUGGCACCAGUCUGUUUUCAGGGUUUGGCACUCCGCAGAAUCAGCCCGCAGGAGGCACUGGCUUAUUUGGAGGCACGCAAAAUCAACCGCAGCAAAAAUCUCUUUUCGGAGGCACUGGCACUGGCACUUCUCUUUUUGGAGGCCAGAAUACAACAACCCAGAAUACCGGAUCUUCUAUCUUUGGCGGCCUUUCCCAGAACCAACAGCCCCAGGCAGGUGGCAUGGGUGCUUCCAGUCUCUUUGGAGCUUCUCAACAGCCCCAACAACAGCAACAGCAACACCCGCCAGUACCUGGUAGCCUGCAGACCUCCCUCCUUGAAGGCAACCCGUAUGGUAACCAGUCUAUCUUCUCCGGCCUGCCAGGCCCGAACGCUCCAAGCCCCGGCCCCUUAGCGACACCCCUCUCUUCCACUGCGAAGCAGAAACAGCGCACGCCGUUGCCUGUCUACAAGAUCACCCCGAAUGCGGCAAAUCGCCUCAUCACCCCGCCAAAACGCCAGGGAUACGGAUUUUCUUACUCUACCUACGGAUCACCGACAAGCAGUAUUAGCUCUGCGGGCGGACUUGGAGGCAGUCUUUUAGGCAGCAGCCUGCGUGGUAGCGUCAACGGUGGUUUGGGUCACGGCCUCAGCAGGAGUUUCUCUGCCACUAGUGCUACUGGUCUGCGCAAGAGCUUUGAUCCGGAAGCGGAUAGCAUCUUGUCACCUGGCGCGCUAUCGUCGACCGGCACGCGGCCCUCUAGUAACCUCAAAAGACUUACUAUUGAUCGUAACUUGAGGUCUGAUCUGUUCUCGCGCCCUGCGAGCACGCCUGCGGCCACCAUCACCAAUGGCGAAGACAGCACACAACCGGCGAAGAAACGGGUCAGUUUCGACGCCGGAGCUACCACGGACGUUCCCGACGUUAAUGGCCGCGAAGUUGUGCUUUCUGAGACCCAGAGUGCUGAUCCAACUCCAGAGGAGCUUGGGUUUCUGCGGUCCGUUCGUAGAGAUAACGCUCCGAAGGGAGCGGUCAAUGGUACCAAGCCUGCAGCGCAACCCUCCGAGAGCAUCGCUCGGCCUGAGAUGGAAAAGGUUCAAGAGAAGGCUGUCCCUACCGAAACAGAACGUAUUCAUACCAAUGGUCAACCCAGAUAUACCCCUACGCCUGGCCGUGAUCUGAAGCCUGGCGAUUACUGGAUGAAACCAUCUCGCGAAGAGCUCGACAAGAUGCCUCGUGAACAACUGAAGCACUUCGUCGGUUUUACUGUUGGCCGCCAGUUCUGUGGCCAAGUUACAUUUGACCGCCCUGUUGAUCUAACAACCAUCGACAUGGACAGAGUCUUAGGAGGCCUUGUGCUUAUCGGUCUACGGUCUAUCACAGUAUAUCCAGAUGGGACCGUGAAACCACCAGUCGGUAAGGGACUGAAUGUUCCAUCAACUUUGACGCUGGAAAACUCGUGGCCUCGGGGUAGGGAUAAGAGAUCCGGUCUUCAAUUUGAUAAGCACAUCGAUCGCUUGAAAAAGGUUAAUAAUACCGAAUUUGUUGACUACAACAAGUCAACUGCAACGUGGACUUUUAGAGUGGCUCACUACACUACUUACGGUUUUGAUUAUGAUGAUGAUGAUGACGAAGAAGGUGAGAGUCUCAACCAAAGCGCAUUGAGUGUUGCUCCUGACACUCCAACUCCGAAUACUCAGUCGUCCACCCACCUCGACCGGACAGUGGACUCGGAGCCCACAGCAACAUUCUCUACUGAUGAUUCCUUCGUUGGUUCCAUGGCCGGGGUGAACGACGAUACCUUCGAUUUCAAGAAGCGCAAGAUUAUCCCUGGGUCGUUCGCUAACCAGGCGAUGGUCGCAGAAGAUGAUAUGGAAGAAGAUAACCAACCUUCAGGCUCUGACGAUGAAGAGUCUUUUUUAGGGGAAGGCUCCACGGGUUCAACUACUGAGGAAGAAGGUGACGAUGUCACCGAAAGCCAGCAGUCUGGCGACUCGGAAGUCGAAUCUGACGGAGAUGAAGAAAUGGAAAUGGCGGGCUCUUUUCCGAACCUUCGUCAAACCGUGGAGCGCGACGAUACGAAAACCACCGAGAUCAAGGGACCCGUUCAACCCAUCUUGAAGCCAUACAGCACGCCACCAAAAGCUCAUCUUGACCUCAGUGGGGACUGGACCGAGCAUUUACAACGGACUAUUAGUCCUAGGAAACAGAACCGUGAUGCAUUGCGCGAGAUCCAGGCCAAUGCUUUUACAGACAGACUCCUCCACAGUGGUACUCCUAAGCAAAACGCUAUGGAUGCGCACCCGAAGAAGUUCACUUCAAGCAUUGAUUUGAUGAAUUCUUUGUUUCAACAGCCGCGGAAACAAACUGCCCAGGCUAAAGGCUUUGAGUGGCCUUAUCCCAAGCAGCCUAAAACUUUCGCAGGUGAUUCAAAUGAGCUGGGCGAAGUCGAUACCGCAUUUCAUCUCUCCUUCAAACCCCGAUGGGGUCCAAUGGAUUCCAUCAUAUGUGUGAAGAAUGGUAUGAGAGAAACGCUUCCUGACGCGGACAAGCCCUGGGAACAAGGAAUUUCCGUUACUAGUGAAGAGAGAGACAUAGUUGUCUUGUCUUUCAAUAAGACAGUCGAGUCUAGAGACAUGCUUGAUAUCCAGAGGAAGCAGUCUGCUAUCCAACGUGUCGACGGUGUUCCUUUCGCUCGCUUGGUGAAGACGGAUUUCAAACAGUUCACCCGCUCGCCACAGUCAGACAGCGAACGUCUUGUCUGGCUGCUAGCUGCUGUUCUGUUCGAUGAGGAUAUGAAUGACGACAUUUCUGACAGUGUACCCGCUCAGCUUCGACCCAAGUUGAUUCAUCGCAUCAAGAAGGACCGCCUUAGCCGCCUAUGGGCAGAGAUCAUUCGGGAAAGGCAUGCGCAUGACCUUAGCAAGUUUGGAUCUCUCGAAGAACGUGCUAUCCUUCUCCUCUGUUCUCAUAGAGUGGACGAGGCUUGCAAAACACUAAUCAAGAGCGGGAAUCUGCAUCUUGCUAGCUUGGUCUCACAAAUCGGGAGAGAUCCAACCACCCGUGCCGACAUGGAAAAGCAAAUUGAAUACUGGAGAGAGCAUAACGUCUAUUCUGAGAUGACCGAUCCCAUCCGAGCUCUUUAUGAACUUCUCGCAGGCAAUGCUCUCCUCAGUGAAGGCAAGUCGGGUGGUGCAUUGGAGGAUCGAGCUUCGACUUUUACUUUCACUGAGCGCUUCGAACUAGAUUGGUUUCAAGCGUUUGGUCUCCGUCUUUGGUAUGGCAUUACCGACGACGAGCCAAUUGAAGUAGCAGUCUCUAAAUUCGAGGCUGAUCUUGCUAGCGGACAAGAGCUUGCCUUUCCAUAUCCUAGACAUGCUGAAGAGGACCGCGAAGUGGCACAGCCUGGUUCAGAUACCCUUGGCCGGGAAUCUCCUCUUUGGGUUUUAUUGAAAGUCUAUUCAGCAUUUGUGAGCAGUGGACAAGCCCCAGGUCUUUCGACAUUGGAAUUCCCAGCCGCUGUGCUACCAGAAUCAGUGUCUGGGGAUCGGCUCACGAAUCGACUGUCCUUCCAGUUGCAUCACACACUUUCUGCCACCAUUGGACAGCAACGUUCUUUCAGAACAAACGCUGUUCAGGCAGACCACUUAGUCCGGGAUUAUGCUUGGGAACUUGGCUCAAAUGGGGAGCUAGAGCAGGCGUUAUUCGUUUUGUUGCAUCUUUCCCGAGCGUCCGAUCGUGAACGCGCUGUGAAAGAUACUCUUGCGCGGUUCGCUCCCAGACUUCCUUCCCCUGUGACUGCCGAAGGCUCGCCGGAUGCAACUUGGCAGUACUUGACGGUUGAUCUUCAACUUCCUGAAGCAUGGAUCUGGGUCGCCAAAGCACUAUAUGCACGAUACACCGGUGAUGCUACUGGCGAAGUCGACUGUCUUAUCCGCGGGAAGAACUGGAAUGAUGCACACGCCACAUUCUGUCGCAUUGUCGGUCCAACUGCUGUAAUCGAACGAGACUAUGAUACGUUGGAGAAGCUGAUUUCGGGCUUUGGUGAUGCACCGGAGAGAAAGGUUCGAGGAUGGGACAAUGGUGGUGGCGUGUAUGAUGACUUCUUGCGUAUUGCCACGGCAAGGGGUGGAAAGAGGGACUCGACUCGACUGAAUCGACUUGCCAGUGCGCUCGUUUCUCUGGGACAUCAACUAAAUCAGAAGCAUGGCGUUGAAGGGUUAGAGGAGAGGGUAGCGUUCCAGGAAAUGAGCAAUGCCAUAGCUAGGUGGACUUCGCAGGAGGAUAUUGAGUCUGUUGAUACCUCAACUAUUCUCAACUUACCUCUCAGCGGAAACACACGCGUCACACAGACGGCCGAGUUGAGCAGGCGCUAUUACAACGUCAUCAUGGCAGGUGCUUAUUGAUACUGUUCCACCUCGGCUUUGCUUAAAAAGCGUGUAUUUCUCUCAUCUACUGUGCGGUUGCUCCGUCGAGAUGGUUGUACGAUAGGUUGGGAUGAUGUCUGUUCUGUAUGCUCUUUACUCUCUGUAUUCUCUUGGAUCUUACAGCGAGGUUCUUCGUUUUCCGCUCAAUUACUUCUUAAUUGUGUAUUUCAAAUUUCGGCUUUUCUGCAGACAGACACCAACCAUCUUAUAACGAACCUAGCAUCCUUCAUCCUGUUUAUUGCUGAGUAAAUCCUUUUUUUACAGCCGAAAUUGAUACGUUCUAUGAACAGUCUACAUGUAGGUAGAUUUUAGUUGAAAACUCAAUAUGAAAUCUGCUUGCUAUCACGUGGAGUUGCCCUAUCCGCCCUAGACUCAACGACAUGAUCUCAUCUCAACGAAUGAAUGUAGGUGGCGUGGUACAAAGCAUAGGCAUAGGUAAUAAUGCAGAACUGAAGA